AUGCCAUCAAGAGGUAAUGCAUUUAAAGGUUCUACCUCAGCUAGAUAUGUGAAAAACACAUCAUCUACUUUCAAACGAGAAAAAAUAGAAGUUGAUCCUUAUAUAGCAAAUAAUCCCAUGCUUAAUGAUUCAAUCCAAAAAAGAGAAUUAGUUGAAAGAAUUGAUAGAUUAGAUUCUAUUAUGGGAUUUGAUAGAAUAGAACAUGGAGAAAUGGAUGGUAAUAAAUCUAAGAAAGGGUGGUUAAUAAAUAUGCAUUCAACUACCAUCCCAAGUGAUGAAUAUUUAACAGGUUAUUCCGGUGUAGAUUAUUAUUUCUUAGAUGAAGAAGGUGGUUCUUUCAAAGUAACUUAUCAAUAUGAUCCUUACUUUUUCAUUACUUCUAGUGCUAAUACAGAAUCUGAAGUUGAAGAAACUUUGAAAAAAUUCUUAGAAUCAUGUAAUGUUAAAACUAUAUCAAGAGAAAUAAAAGAAGAUUUAUCAUUACCAAAUCAUUUAGUAGGAUUGAAAAAGACUUUAUUAAGAUUAACUUUCCAUAAUAUUAACGAUUUGUUAAGUGCCAGAAGAUUAUUGUCUCCGAUAAUCAAGGAUAAUCAAAUGAAGAAAGAUUCAAGAGAUAUUUAUCAAUCAAUGAAUUUUAAUAAUGGUAUUAAUGAUUCUAAUCUUAAUAAUAAAAAUGACAAUACUGAUCCUUUAACCUAUUUGGAAGAUAUCAAAGAAUAUGAUGUUCCUUAUCAUGUGAGAGUAUCGAUUGAUAAUAAUUUAAGAGUGGGUAAAUGGUAUAAUGUUUGGGUUAAACAUUCAAUAGUAAGUUUUGAAGAAGAUAAAGAAAAAAUUGCAUUUGCAGAUCCUGUAGUUUUAGCAUUUGAUAUUGAAACUACCAAAGCACCUUUAAAAUUCCCUGAUUCCAAAAUUGAUCAAAUUAUGAUGAUUUCUUAUAUGAUAGAUGGUGAAGGAUUUUUAAUAACUAAUAGAGAAAUUAUUUCUGAAGAUAUAAAUGAUUUCGAAUAUACUCCAAAACCAGAAUAUCCCGGAUUAUUCACCGUAUUCAAUGAAGAAGAUGAAAAGGCUCUUCUAUUAAGAUUUUUUGAACAUAUUAGAGAUUCAAGACCUACAGUAAUUGCAACAUUUAAUGGUGAUUUUUUCGAUUGGCCAUUUGUUGAAGAUAGAUCAAGAUUUCAUGAUUUAGAUAUGUUUGAAGAAAUAGGAUUCGCUAAAGAUAAUGAUGGAGAAUAUAAAUCCAAACAUUGUGCUCAUUUAGAUUGUUUUAGAUGGGUUAAAAGAGAUUCUUAUUUACCUCAAGGAUCACAAGGUUUAAAAGCCGUUACCACGGCUAAAUUGGGUUAUAAUCCAACUGAAUUAGAUCCUGAAUUAAUGACACCUUAUGCUUAUGAAAGACCUCAAUAUUUAUCAGAGUAUUCAGUUUCCGAUGCUGUUGCUACUUAUUAUUUAUAUUACAAAUAUGUUCAUCCUUUUAUUUUUUCCCUUUGUACAAUUAUUCCAUUGAAUCCUGAUGAAGUUUUAAGAAAAGGUACAGGUACCUUAUGUGAAAUGUUGUUAAUGGUUCAAGCUUAUGAAAAGAAUAUCUUAUUACCAAACAAAUAUACUGAUCCAAUUGAAAGAUUUUAUAAUGGUCAUUUAUUAGAAUCUGAAACUUAUGUUGGAGGUCAUGUUGAAUCUUUAGAAGCUGGAGUUUUCCGUAGUGAUUUACCUAAUGAUUUUAAAGUUGAUCCUACAGCUAUUGAUGAAUUAAUAAGAGAUUUACCUGAAUCAGUUAAAUUCUGUAUUGAGGUUGAAAACAAUAAGAAACUUCAAGAUGUUGAAAAUUAUCAAGAAGUUAUGGAUCAAAUAACAGAGAAAUUAUUGGACUUGAAGAAUAACCCCAUAAGGAAUGAAAAACCUUCAAUUUAUCAUGUCGAUGUUGCAUCGAUGUAUCCAAAUAUUAUGACAUCAAAUAGAUUACAACCAGAUUCAAUGAAAUCAGAAGAAGACUGUGCAGCUUGUGAUUUUAAUCGUCCAGGUAAAAAUUGUGAUAGAAGAUUACCUUGGUCUUGGAGAGGUGAAUUUUAUCCUGCCGAAAUGAAUGAAUAUGGAAUGAUUAAAAGAACUUUACAAAAUGAAACUUUCCCUGCUUCAAAACCUUGGUUACCACCAAGAAAUUUCGAUGAUUUAUCUUAUACUGAACAGGCUUCUAUGAUUAAGAAAAGAUUAACUGAUUAUUCUAAGAAAGUUUAUCAUAGAGUGAAACAAACAGAAAUUGUCACUAGAGAAUCAAUUGUUUGUCAAAGAGAAAACCCAUUCUAUGUUAACACAGUUAGAGAUUUCAGAGAUCGUCGUUAUGAAUUCAAAGGUUUAGCUAAAGUUUGGAAAGGUAAAGUAUCUAAAACUCAAGACACUAUAGCAAAAGAUGAAGCUAAAAAAAUGGUUGUUUUAUAUGAUUCUUUACAAUUAGCUCAUAAAGUUAUUUUGAAUUCCUUUUAUGGUUAUGUUAUGAGAAAAGGAUCCCGUUGGUAUUCUUUAGAAAUGGCCGGUAUAACAUGUCUUACUGGAGCUAAAAUUAUUCAAAUGGCCAGAGCUUUAGUUGAAAGAUUAGGUAGACCUUUAGAAUUAGAUACUGAUGGGAUUUGGUGUAUUUUACCCAGUUCAUUCCCUGAAAAUUAUACUUUAAAAUGUAAAGAUGGGAAGAAAAUUUUAUUGGAAUAUCCUUGUUCAAUGUUGAAUUAUAUCGUUCAUCAAAAAUUUACCAAUGAUCAAUAUCAAGAUUUAGUUGAUCCGGAAUUAUUCAAAUAUAAAACAAGAAGAGAAAAUUCCAUUUUCUUCGAAGUUGAUGGUCCUUAUAAAGCAAUGGUCUUGCCAACUUCUAAAGAAGAAGGAAGAGGUUUGAAGAAAAGAUAUGCUGUUUUCAAUUUUGAUGGAUCAUUAGCUGAAUUGAAAGGGUUUGAAUUGAAACGUAGAGGUGAAUUACAAUUGAUUAAGAAUUUCCAAUCAGAUAUUUUCAAAUUAUUCUUAGAAGGUAAUACUUUGGAUGAUUGUUAUAAAGCAGUUGCCAGUGUAGCUAAUAAUUGGAUAGAUGUAUUGGAUACUAAAGGAGGUAUGUUAGAAGAUGAAGAUUUAAUUGAACUUAUUUGUGAAAAUAGAAGUAUGUCUAAAAGUCUUGCUGAAUAUGGAGAUCAAAAAUCUACUUCAAUUACUACUGCCAAAAGAUUAGGGGAAUUUUUAGGGGAAGAAAUGGUUAAAGAUGCUGGGUUAGCAACAAAAUAUAUUAUUUCUGCUAAACCAAUUGGUAGUCCAGUUACUGAAAGAGCAAUUCCAGUUUCAAUCUUUUCUUCUGAUAAAAAGGAAUAUUUCUUAAAGAAAUGGCUUAAAGAUCCUUCACUUAAUAAUUUUGAUCCAAGAAGUGUUCUUGAUUGGGAUUAUUAUUAUGAACGUUUAGCUUCGGUAGUACAAAAAAUCAUUACCAUUCCCGCUGCUUUACAAGGGGUUAAAAAUCCUGUUCCAAGAGUUCAACAUCCUGAUUGGUUACACAAGAAGAUUCUUCAAAGAGAAGAUAAGAAACAACAAUCAUCAAUUUCUACUUUUUUCACUAAAGCUAACAGUGAUGAAAAGACUCGUAAAAUUAAAGAUAUUGAAGAUUUCGGUAAUGUUGCUGCUCAAGUAGAUAAAUCUUUAGUAGGUAAAGUCACUUCAAGGAAGAGAAAAUUACUCAAAGCUAAUAAAAACUUAGAACUUCAAGAAGAAGAAGAAAGAAAUAAUGCUAUCUUGAAUGGUACUUGUCCUGAUAUGUUGACUGAUUAUGCCGGGUUCUUACAAUAUCAGAAGGCCAAAUGGAAAGUUCAAGAAAAAAAUAGAGAAAGAAGAACUAAAUUAUUUGGAACUACUUCAGAAACUUCUAAUAGAUCAUCUGUUGGAAAUUUAAUUCGUCGUCAAGCAGAAACUGUUGCCGGAUCUAAUUGGGAAAUUUUGGAGUAUAAAGAAGAUCCAAGUAAGCCUGGGCUGUUGAAAGUUUUCAUUAUUGCCAGUGGUAAAGUUCAUCUGUUAAGUUUCCAUAUCCCAAAAAAAAUCUAUGCUUCAUUUAAAACUCCUUUGAAUAGUAAAAAAUCCAUUGUUGGUUGUGAAAUUGAACCAUCAAAUAGUAUUUUGCCCAAUGGUCAUGAUGCUACUAACUUAUACAAAUUCACUAUGUCAGAAUCGGUUUUCAAUUCAGAAUUAUUAAAGGUUGAUAGUGUCUUACAAAGUUCCAACAUGUUAGGAAUGUAUGAAUCUAAGGUUAAACCUUUAGAAAGAGCUAUUAUUGAUUUAGGUACUAGUGUUAAGUUUGACGAUACAAGAGUUGGAGCCUUAGGAAAAGCCAUGAAGAAUGGGUUCCAAGGUAAAGACUUGAUUCAAGUAGAUAAUUCUAAUUAUCUUAAGAAAUUCGACAUGGAUUUGUUAUAUUUGGUCCAUCUCACUACCAACAGUUAUGAGUUCUUCACUAUCUUCAAAUCUUGGGACAAUGAAGCCAUAAUGUUUGUUCUUAAACCUUCAAAUAGUGCUCAAGAAUUACCUCCUAAUAUGGAUAAGAUCUAUAGAGAAUUAUUCCUUACUAAAGAAGAUAAAUUGGGCAAAUUGUAUAAUAUCAUUGAAUAUCAAAAUGAAAUGACUUUUGAUGUGAAUUAUUUCACUGACAAUGGAAAAUUGUUCAAGAAAUUGGAUAGAACAUUGAACAAAAUCAAUGAAAGUAAAAGUAACAAAUCACUUUUGGCUAUUCAAUCUCCUUUCACUGAUAGAUUAUUGAAAUUGUUAACAUCAACAGCUAAUUUCCCUACCAUCAAAAUGACAGUAAAUGCUUUGAACUUACCAGCUGUUGGAUGGCAUACUUUAGUUACUAAGAGAAUCAUCAACCAUUAUUUUGUUCUUGGUUCUUGGAUCAAAAAUUUGAUUUCUUUAUCAAAAUAUGGUAAUAUCCCAAUAUGUAAUCUUAAAGUGGAAAAUAUGGAUUAUUUGAUUGAUAUAGAAUAUGCUAGAAGAUUGAGUCAUAACAAUGUUGUUUUAUGGUGGUCUGAUACUCCAUUAGCAGAUCAUGGAGGUUUUGAAGUAGAUAAAGCCCCUGAUUAUGAAAAUUUGGAAUUCCCUGUUAUUAAUAACGGUGAAAUUUAUGAAACUGCUAGUUUGGAAUUAGAUAUUGGAACUUUAACCAUCAACACCAUUUUGACUAGUUCGAUCAUCAAUGAAGCAGAAGGAGCAGAUUUGGUGGAGGAAGGUGUUGUUUUUGAUAAUAACAAUGGAAGUUCAACAUUAAUGGAAGAUUCAUUUGGCCUUACUCAAUUGAACAUCUUGAGAGGUAUGGUGAAAGAUUGGUGGGAUGAUGCUUUGAAAAAUGAUAGUAAUGCUGAUUCCAUGAUGAAUCAUUUAGUACCUUGGGUUCAAAGAAAUAGUUCAUAUUUAUAUGAUUUCGCUUUACAUUAUCAUAUUCAUAAUUUAACUACCAAAGCUUUAUAUCAAUUGAUUGGACAAUUCAAAAGGAUGAAUUCAAAUGUUGUUUUUGCCAAUAGAAACAAGAUACUUAUUUCCACAAGUAAAGUAUCAGUAGAAAACUCUUAUGCUUUUGGACAAUAUUUGAUCAAAGCUGUGAGAUCAAAACCAUUAUUUAGUUUCUUAGAAUUAGAAAUUGUCAGAUAUUGGGAUAUUUUAAUCUGGAUGGAUGAAUAUAAUUACGGUGGUAGAUUCACAAAGACCAUCACCAAUGAAGAAAUUCAAGAUUUAACAGUGGUAAAUAAUUGGCAAUUAAAACAAUUCUUACCUAUUAUUUAUCAAAACGAAUUUGAGGAUUGGUUGAUUAUCUUUUUAGAUGCUUUAACUAAAUUCAAAGCCGAUACUUUAACGGGUCCAACUCAAGCAGGAACUCCAAGAGUUACUCAAAUAGCUCAUAUUUUACAAGGACAAAAGAAGUUAGAAAGUCAAGAAGAUAAUGAAGAAGAUUUAAGUAGAGGUAUAACAGAAUUAUUCAGAAAACCUAUUCUCAAGAGAAUCAAUCAAUUGUAUCGUCGUCAAAAUGAAUCUAUCAUCAAUCCUGAAUUGAAAGGAGAAUAUGAAUUCCCCAAAUUACCAGGGUCUCAUCUUCAUUUAAGAAAUCCAACUUUACAAUUAGUAAAAUUCUUAUGUGGAGUGUUAACUUUAUCAACCAAAAGAUCUAUUGAAAUCAGAGUCUUAAGACAAGAAUUAUUAUCCAUCUUUGAAAUAAGAGAAUUCAGUAAUGAAGCUACUUUCCAUAACCCUUCAUCAUCAUUGAAAUUACCUUCAAUAAUCUGUGAUUAUUGUAGUUACAUCAAGGAUGUGGAUAUGUGUAAAGAUAAUGAGAAGACUAUUUGGAAUUGUCUGAACUGUACAAAACCUUAUAAUCGUGUGGCAUUAGAAGAAGAAUUAGUUAAUCAAUUGAGUAGAACUUUGACCAGAUUCUUAAUGCAAGAUCUAAAAUGUUCAAAAUGUCAUCAAGUUAAAGGUGAUAAUAUGAGUGAAUAUUGUAAAUGUUCAGGUAAAUGGGUUGAAACUAUAGGUCACCAUGAUCUUGAAAAAAGAAUCCAAACUUUCUCUAAUAUUGCAAAGAUUUAUAAUCUUCAAUUAUUAAGAGGUGCCAUUGAAGAAAUGUUCUGA